AUGCCGGACAUCUUCGGAGGCAGCCUACUGCCGACCGGCCAGGAGGGAAGGCUCUCAAGAGCAGGAAGUUCCGGCGACAGUCCACCCACCGUCUGUCUAGAAGGGCGAACCCUAGGAACCGGGCAGCCUCUCCCCAGCAACCCAGCAGAAGAAAGAGAGAUUAGAGGCCCUUUACCUAGUCCGAGAUCAGAGGCCGAAGUUUGUUUACCGGGAGGAUGA